UAUUAGUUCAUCGAACGCGGACCUGUCCGGUUGUGAUCUCGGCAGUUGGUGUUUUCAAAAAAGGGCUUGCAACUGGUCGUCACCUACUGGUAGCUAUCGGAUUUGUCCGACGGUUAAGAGUGUUGGUUCAGUGUGGUCAAGUCGCCUGACGUUACGCGCGUCAAAACAAAACAACAAAACGCAGGGUCGUUCACAGGUGUGAGAGCGCGAGUGUCGAAAACCUAACCUCCUGGUCUAGGUGUUACUGGAUCCGCGUGUGCGGAUCAGUUGUGAACCGUCUUUCUUUUGUUGCUCCGUAUUGCCAUCAACAAUCAAGCUACAGCAGCAGAGUUCGCAUACGGACAGUUUGGGUUUCUUCUGUUCGCUAUAUACAACACAAAGUGCGCCGGGAUUAGUGACACGGUGUGCUCUAGUGUGCCUAGUGCUGCUACGAUCAAUCAACCACCACGUUGCAGAACAGCUGGAUCGUCGACGCAGCGAAACGGCUCAAUGGCUCGGGGUGACGCUGGACUCGAGUACAUGUUCAAGUUCGGGUACACGCUCGUGCUCGUCACGGUAGCGAUAAUGAUUUGGGCCUCGCUAGCCCGAGCCCGCGAGAUAGAUACGCAGAACCAUCCACCGUGCGCGUUCAAUCCAUUGUGCACCUGCUCCAAGAGUGCGCCAGAUCUGGGCAUCGUCAACUGCCGUGAGGUGCUGUUCCCGGCGGUGCCGAAAGUCAUCAACAGCUCCAAGCUUUUCAUGCUCACCAUGGACGGGACGGGUUUGCGCGAGCUGGAACCAUACUUCCUACAGUCCACCGGGCUGUACCGGCUCGAGAUCACCAACAAUCCGCUCACGGAGCUGCCGGACGAGGCACUGUACGGGCUAGAGCGUUCGCUCUGGGAGCUUGUGCUGGAGCACAACCAGCUAGUAGACAUACCGUCGCGCACGAUACGCGAUCUGCGCAAGCUGCGGCUGCUUAGCUUGCGCGGCAACGACAUCACCACGGUUGCGCCGGACGCAUUCCGCGGCAUCGAGAGCACGCUGCAGUCACUGGUCCUGGCCGACAACUCUAUCACGCAGCUCGCCCCGAGCACACUGGCCGGCCUGCCUAACCUGGAGACGCUCGAUCUGUCCGGCAACGGGCUGAUGCAGCUCGAUGCGAACGUAUUUCGCGAUGGGUUGGGCAAGCUGUCGAAGCUACUGUUGGCGGAUAAUCUGCUGCAGCACGUGCCGUACGAUGCGGUGAGCGUGCUGAGCCGACUGCGCACGCUCGAUUUGUCGCGUAACAGGCUGCAGGAUCUGACGCCUGACGAGGACGAACAGCAGGGCAUGCCGGGGAUGCCCGGUGGCAACUACCGGCUAACGCUCGAUUCGCUCAACCUCAGCUACAACGAGCUGGAAACGCUGCCGGCCGCCUCGUUCACGCUGAUCGACACGGCCAACAUGACGCUGCUGGAUGGCAAUCCGCUCACCCUGAUCGAGGACAACGCGUUCCGUUCGGCCAAGAUACGCGAGCUGUACGUGCGACACUGCGACCUGGACCACCUGGAGCCUGAAGCGUUCUCCGGGCUGGAGAACUAUCUGCAGGUGCUAGAUCUGUCCGGCAACAAUCUGACCGAGGUGGCGGACAACCAGUUCCGUGGGUUUGAAAAUUUGCGCUACCUAAACGUGAAGGACAAUCUGCUGCGCCAUUCGGAUCAACGCAAUGCAUCUCCCUUUGCCCGGUUGAACCUGAACCGGCUGGAGGCAGUGGGUCAACGCAAUCAGCCGAUCGCGCUAGCCGAGCUGGGAAACAUGCGCAACCUGCGAUCGCUAACCACCUCCUACCUCCCGUCCGCCAGCCUCGGUCCGGACGAUUUCGCUAACUUCAGCCCGGAGCUGGAGGAGCUGCGGCUGAACAGGGCCUCGCUGAAAGUGAUCAAGGCGCACGCCUUCACGCACGUGCGCGGUCUCAAGCGGCUGGAUCUGAGCGAAAAUCGCAUCGACUCUAUCGAGCCGGACGCGUUCAGUGACGUGGGUCACUCGCUCGUGUCGCUCCGGGCGUCCCACGGGCUCGGCUCGCAGCUGGUCGUGUUUCCGAUCGAAGCUUUCCGCAAGCUGACCGCAUUGGAGGCGCUAGAUCUGAGCAACAACCGGUUGAAGGCGAUCGGCGACACCAGCUUCCAUCUGCUGCGCAAUCUGGUCAGCCUGGAGCUGCACGACAACCAGAUCGAUGCGCUCGCCAAGGGCACGUUCCAGUCCGACAUCCACACGAAGCUGAUGAUGAUCUCGCUGGGCUACAACAACAUCAAGCAGCUGAUCACACACACGUUCGUCGAUCUGGAGGAGCUGGAGGCGCUGCUGCUGGGGGACAAUCGGAUCGAAACGAUCGAAAAGCGCACCUUUAUGAACCUGAGUAACCUCAAGCUGAUCAACCUACGCGGCAAUCGGCUCAGCAAAAUCGCAGACGAAGCGUUCCAGAAUCUGCCGGAGUUGGAGAAGUUGGAUCUGGCAUACAACUCCCUGACUGCAUUCGAUUUCAUGUGUCUUGAUCAGGUUGGUUCACUGACUUUGCUCGAGGUGGAUGUUAGCAACAACAAGAUCAAAACGCUUGGCACGGUAGAAAACGCCACCGACAAUGGCGGGCACCGGGAGCAGCAGCAGCUGCAGCCGCAGCAACCACAGCAACCCACCAUACACUCCAACAUACGGGCACUGGACUUUUCCAACAACAACAUUUCCCGCAUCAUCCCCGGCUACUUCCGCCCGACGGAGCUGUCGCUGAUGAAGCUCGUGUUACGCCAGAACCAGCUGACCACCGUUGCGCGCGAGCUGUUCGGCAAUAUGCCACAUCUGAGCUGGCUCGAUCUGUCGGACAAUGAGAUUGUGGAGCUGGAGUACGACGCACUACGCAGCACCCGCAAGCUGCAGGUGCUGAAGCUCUCCCACAACCUGCUCACUGAGGUGCCAGCCGAGCUGUUCCGCAACGUGCACAACCUGCGUGUGCUAGAGCUGGCCCACAACAGCCUAAAGUAUUUGCCCGACAGUCUGCUGCUGAGCGAGGGUCUGGAGCGGCUGGACGUGUCGCACAACCAGCUUACCAAGAUACCCGUUACCGCGCUGUCGAACAUGGCGGCACUGUCGCUGUGCGAGCUCGACCUAAGCCACAACCACAUCGGAGCGAUCCACAGUAUCGAUUUGAGCAACAAAUUCCGCUCGUUGUCUUGGCUGGAUCUUUCUCACAAUCGGCUCGUAAGGCUGGAAGAUGCGGCCUUCGCUACCCUGCCUCGACUCUCCGUACUGAAUCUUUCCCACAACGACGAGUUGGAAGUGAUGGGCAAAGCAUUCGUUGGGCUGGAAAACAGCCUGAUUGAGCUGCAACUGGCGAACGUUUCGCUCAGCUCGGUGCCGGAGCUGUCCAAUCCCUCGCUGCGCACGCUCAAGAUCUCCCACAAUGAUCUGCCGACGAUUCCGCCGGAGCUGGCCGCUAACAUGACGUCCCUCCGGGAGCUGGACCUGUCGGAAAACGAUCUUACUAGUGUGCCAUUGAUCACGCACUCACUGCCGAAUCUUAAGCGCCUGUCCCUUUCGGGAAAUCCUAUCACGACACUGUCCAACACGAGCCUGCUUGGAGCGGCGGACACACUGGAACAGCUGGACAUUGCCAAUCUUAACCUGCAUUCUAUAGAGACAGGAGUCCUGAACAAGCUGCACUAUCUACGCUCGCUCACAAUAUCAACCUUUCCGGCCCUUCCCAAUUUUAACAUUCCCCGCAUACUGGAGAAUGCCAACAAUUUGCGCGACCUCUGGAUAGAGGCCCCCAAACCACCCUCGGCCACUAGCGCUAUGGGUGGCCCGGUCGGCUCCACGUCGAAAGCCUCAAAACCCAUCGCCGUGGCUGCAACAGAUUUACGCCGUGAGAUGGACGGUGUACUACCGCGCAAGCUGCAGAGCAUUACCUUUGGUGGCGUUGGCUUCAGCAGGCUCUCCGACACAGUGCUCAAGGGUGUUCGUUCUGCUACGUUACACUUCCGGCUGCACAAUACCUCCCUGGUAGCGCUGCCGGGCAAUCUGUUCCGCCACAUGGGCAAACCGGUGCGCAACAUAACGGUCACGAUCGAUGAGGACAACGAUCUGCUGCAGAGCGUGCCCAACCCGAACACGGCCCACUAUCUGGCCCUGCCGGAGCACGUCUUUCUGACCGAGCUGCAGAUCAGUGGCAGCGUGCUGAAUUGCGACUGCGAAAUAGGGUGGAUCGAGUUCUGGCAGCGAAAGCGACGUCAGUACCUAUGCCCCGCUAACCCGUGGACGGAAACGAGCCUAACGAACUACUUUAAGCACGCGACCCCGCUCGCCUACGCCAAGGGCUCCGACUGUGGUGAUUCAGCGAACGAGCUGAGGGAAGCCCGGUGCAGCAACAAGAACAACGAUCUGUUGCUGGAAGUGCUGAAGAAGGAUCUCGAGUGUGGCUGGGGCAGCACGGGUAACCGGCUCGGUAUCGUGCCCGCGAUCGCCUUCGUGCUGGUGUUCAUCGUCCUGCUCAUCUGACUCAUGCGCUACCUAUUCCGAAUGUACAGUGAAUUCUACGACUACCUCGAGCAGCUCUAUAGCGAGCAGACGAUCGGUGGCAAUGGAUCUACCGUAGUCGGCAGCUACCUGGACGAUGGCUGCGACUACAGCAGCGAACUAGACAUCGAGCUCGAGGAGCUGUGAAUGCUCUAUCCUUCUCAUCCUUUUUAUCCUUCCCCAGCUUGUCGUUUAUGGCGUUUGUUUUUUUUAAUAUAAGAAACACUCUACAACUAGCGCAAUGUUCAACCCCCAUUUUUUAUGUGCACGUGUUUGCCCGUUUGCUGACGUUAAGAAUAUUGCUAACGUUCACAAAUGUACCAAUACUGGGGACGAAAAAGACCGGCUGAUAUGCGGUUCAACAAAUGGCUCGUCCGGGAAUAAAUGCAACCUUCCACUACUCAGGAAUCUUUACCAACUGACUGCCGGGGACAUUUACCAGUAAGAAAGCAUCUCACUGUCAUCGUUCGCGUUAUCUCACCUCACAACUUAUUUAUUCGUCGUUCCAAAUCGGUAGAUGUGUCGUUUCUUGUUCAUUUCAUGCAUUUGCUGGGUUUUUAAAAAUUGUAGAACGCAUAUAGCACUUAAGACUAUUGUUGUUGAACAAACCAUUAAUAAAGCUUCGUCAAAUGAGUUGAAAUUGAUCGCGUGUAUUACUUGUAAUACACGAACUCGCAGCACCAAUGGGUCGGAGUCGCUUAUGCUUUCUUGUGCCUACUCAUCAUUCGGGAUUGGUUUCGACUGGUUCGCACCCGACUCCGAGUCGGGUCGUGAAAUGAAUCCUAUGACCUACUACUAAUAAAGGUACUAUAUAGUCCCAGCUUGGUCCAUCGCGACAGGUUCUUUAGGGUGAAUUUACCGUUCUUUACCAGUUCAGCUGCGAUUCCGUUGGAUCCGGGUGCUUUGUUGUUUUUCAGUCAACUGAUAGUUUUUCGGGAUGCUAGGUGACACUAACAUAAUGCUAUCAGCUAGUGGAGCAUCUAGCUGUUCGUUAAACUCAUCAUUAACUAGUUCAUCAAAGUACUGUGGCCAUCACGAGAGAACCUCUGGCUGGUUAAGAAUCGUGUGUAUUGCUUAAUAUAAAUUUAAAUACAAGAUAUAUUUUUGAUUUUUGGAGAAUACAUGGGAAACAUAAAUGAAAAUAUGAGCGAUUAAACAUUAUUAAUACCGUACGCAGCCAGAAUUUCAUCCAGCAGCGUCUAACUGCCAAUUCAAACAAAGCUUGUGGCGGAAACUCGUUUGCGUGUGGAAACUGCACUUAAGCGUCACGCCGAUCGAUGUCCAUUGACAGCUUAUGCAAGGAACAGCUGUCAAGCGUGUGGUGUUUUCAAAACAUGCCCAAUCCGUAUCUAUUUUUCCCUGUGCCCUUUCUUUGUUUUGUUGUAUCGUAGGGCUUCGUUGUGAUUUUUUCAAUAAUGACGAAGGACAAACGGGUAGGUGCGCAAUUAAUGUGUUGAUUUCACAACCUACGAUUAGUGAAUAGUUUAGCUAGACUGUUUUAUAAUUGUGAGUGAAGGUAUGAUGAUGUGAUGUUCUAUUCCUACCAAAUACCGUGCGUGAUAAAUGCAGAAAUGUGCGCUUGGUCAUCGUUUAAUCCAUCUUGUGCACGAUAGAUCGACAAUAGAGCUUUGUGUGUGAGUCGUACUAAGUCAAGAGUAGUUUGGCAAUUCAAAUAAUCUCUGGUACACGUUUGAGCCACUGCUCGGUCCAACAAUGGAAGCCGUGAAGCCCAGGACGAAG